UAGGUUGUUUAUUUGAGAUUUUUCUUCUUCUUUUUUAAAAAUUUUUGUUUAUUUUUAUUUUUCAUUUAUUUAUUUUUUAAAUGUUUAUUUACUUUUGAGACAGAGAGAGACAGAGUGUGAGCAGGGGAGGAGCAGAGAGAGAGGGAGACAGGAUCCAAAGCAGGCUCCAGGCUCUGAGCUGUCAGCACAGAGCCUGACACGGGGCUUGAACCCACAAACCGUGAGAUCAUGAUCUGAGCUGAAGUCGAACGCUCAACCGACUGAGCCACCCAGGCACCUCUCUUAUUCGUUUUUUUUUAGAGAGAGUACAGGGGAGAGGGACAGAAGGAGAAAAAGGGAGAGAAUCUUAAGCAGGCUCCAUGCUUCAUGCUUAGCGCAGAGCCUGAUGUGGGACUCAGUCCCAUGAUCCUGGGAUGAUGACCUGAACCUAAAUCAAGAGUUGGGCGCUCAACUGACUGAGCCACCCAGGCACCCUGAGACUUUUCUUGCUUCUUGAGGUAGGCCUGUAUUGCUAUAAACUUCCCUCUUAGAACCACUUUUGCUGCAUCCCAAAGAUUUUGGACCACUGUGUUUUCAUUUUCAUAAUUUUUUUUUCUUCUUUGAUUUCUUGGUUGACACAUUGGUGUGUGAUUUUUUUUUUUAAUGAAGCCCUUGAUAUUCUUAAUAUAAAAAGACAUCUUGUAAGUCAAUAACAAAGGGGCAGAUGUCCCCAUAAGGAGAAGAGCUAAGCCCUGAAGCAGGAAGUGUAUUAAUACAUUCAUUUAAAAAAAAUUUUUUUUAACAUUUAUUCAUUUUUGAGAGAGAGAGACAGAACAUGAGUGGGGGAGGGGCAGAGAGAGAAGGAGACACAGAAUCUGAAGCAAGCUCCAGGCUCUGAGCUGUAGGCACAGAGCCCGACGCGGGGCUCAAACUCACAGACUGCAAGAUCAUGACCUGAGCCGAAGUCGGACACAACUGACUGAGCCAUCCAGGUGCCCUGAUAAAUUUAUUUUUCAAAUUGAGUAUAAUUAUAUUAGUUUUAGGUAUAUAACAUAAUGAUUCAACAUUUAUAUAUGUUAUGAAAUGAUCACAGUAAGUCUAGAUACCAUCUGUCACCAUACAAAGUUAUUACAAUAUUAUUAAGGCUUUUAGGCUUUCACCAUUGUGUGUGUUGUUAGCUGUCAGUUUGUCUCUGUAAUAUCCUUACCUUGUAGAUGGCACUGUUCACUGGAAUAUCAUGUGAGCCUUGGAUUCAGUUUUAGAUUUUCUAAGAGCAACAUUAAUAAUAAGAAUCAGAACAUUAAUUUUAAUAAUGUAUUUUAUUUAACUCAGCAUAUCAAAAAUAUUUCAAUGUAAAAUCAGUGUAAAAAAUUAUUGGGGCGCCUGGGUGGCUCAGUCGGUUGAACGUCCGACUUCAGCUCAGGUCAUGAUCUCACAGCUCGUGAGUUCGAGCCCCACGUCAGGUUCUGUGCUGACAGCUCGGAGCCUGCAGCCUGCUUCAGAUUCUGUGCCUCCCUCUCCCUCUGCCCCAACCCACUCGCAUUCUGUCUCUGUCUCUCUCAAAAAUAAAUAAAUAUCAAAAAAAUUAAAAAAAAAAUUACUAGUGAACUAUUUUAGUCUUUUUUGUAUUAGGUCUUCAAAAUCGUAUUUGACACUGACAGCACAUCUCACGUCUACACUGUCCACAUUUCCAGAGCUGGGGAAACACAGAGCUAAUGACUAUUAGCAGCAGAAGUCCAGCACUUUGUAGGUGAUUCAUAAAUGCACAUCCCAUAAGCAAACUCUCAAAAAGUAAUGUUUUUUUCUCAACAGACUACCAUGCCUGCGGGAAUCUUGCCUCAAAAUGAAGAGCCAUACUCCACUUUGGUGAAUGACAGUCCAUAUGCUGCCAACAUGAAGGGAAAUCCAGGGCGUCCAACGCCAAAGUACACGAAGGUCGGAGAGCGGCUGCGACACGUGAUUCCUGGACACGUGGCCUGCUCCGUGGCGUGUGGCGGCAGAGCUUGCAAGUACGAAAACCCGGCGCGCUGGAGCGAGCAGGAGCAAGCCAUUAAGGGGGUCUACUCGUCCUGGGUCACUGACAACAUCUUGGCCAUGGCUCGCCCGUCCACUGAGCUCCUCGAGAAGUACUGCAUCAUCGAGCAGUUCCGAAGCCAUGGCAUAAAAACAAUCAUCAACCUGCAGCGCCCUGGGGAGCAUGCCAGCUGCGGGAACCCCCUGGAACAAGAAAGUGGCUUCACGUAUCUUCCUGAAGCUUUCAUGGAGGCCGGCAUCUAUUUCUACAAUUUCGGAUGGAAGGAUUACGGUGUGGCAUCGCUUACCACUGUCUUAGACAUGGUGAAGGUGACGACAUUUGCCUUACAGGAAGGGAAAGUAGCCAUCCAUUGUCAUGCAGGGCUUGGUCGAACAGGCGUUUUAAUAGCAUGUUACUUGGUUUUCGCCACGAGAAUGACUGCUGACCAAGCAAUUAUAUUUGUUCGGGCGAAGCGACCCAAUUCCAUACAAACUCGAGGACAGCUCCUCUGUGUAAGGGAAUUUACCCAGUUUCUCAUCCCUCUCCGCAAUAUAUUCUCUUGCUGUGACCCCAAGGCACACGCCGUUACUUUAGCACAGUAUCUGAUUCGCCAGCGUCAUCUGCUUCACGGUUAUGAGGCCCGCCUCCUGAAACACGUACCCAAAAUUAUCCACCUCGUUUGCAAACUGCUGCUGGAUUUAGCUGAGAACAGGCCAGUGGCGACAGAAGACGUGGCAGAGGGGCCCAGCCUGUGUGCGGAGAUCGAAAAGACUGUUUCUGAGGUGAUCACCAUGCAGCUGGACAAAGAGUUACUGAGGCAGGGCAGUGACGCCUCAGACUCCUUGCCGCCCGCUGCAGUGGCCGUGGAUUUUGAGAAUCAGGAUGUGAUUCUUUCCAGCGAACAGCAGAUUGACCCUCUUUGGAAGAGGCGGAAUGUUGAGUGCCUUCAGCCCCUGACGCCUCUGAAAAGGCGAUUCAGCUACAGCGACUCUGACUUAAAGAGGGCUGAGUCACUUCUGGGGCAGGGGGCAGCUCCGUGGACGGGGCCUGCCGCAGCCUUGCUUGGCCAGAACCCCAGACAGCAGAAGCCCAUAAGCCACUGUCACACCCCCCAGUCUCCACAGCUCGAUCUGAGUAAGGAAACGCUGGUCCGAAAUACAUUCUCUUUCUGGAAUCAAGCUAAAUUUGGAGGCCUGGAAGGACUCAGAGAUGAGGGGUCACCGGGUUUCCAUAGGGAGACUGCCGCGAAGGAAGUACAGCGGAGUAGAACCUUCUCCUCGGGGGUUUCAGGUCCCUACAACCCUGGGGAUCCAGUGAGACCCAGCUUUGCAGAUGUCCCUCAGGAACCGGACCGUUGUCCCCAGCAAGCGCCCCGUCUGUGUGGAGCUCCCGCCGCUCACUGCUCUGAGACUCCCCGCAGCCCCGGGGACUGUGACUUCCUCUGCAAAGUACCCUCCUCGGUUGGACCCACAGCCCAGGAAGGCAAAGACCUGCCUGAGGUCGCUGCGCACGCUGCUUCGCAGGCUGAACUGAGUGCCGAAGCCAGGAGAGUCCUGGCGGCCAAAGCCCUGGCAGAUCUCAGUGAGCUUGCAGAAGAGGAGGGAGUGAAAAGGAAGGUAGAGAUGUGGCAGAAAGAACUGAAUUCCCGAGACGGAGCUUGGGAAAGAAUAUGUGGUGAAAGGGACCCUUCCAUCCUGUGCAGUUUAAUGUGGUCUUGGGUGGAGCAGCUGAAGGAGCCUGUGAUAACCAAGGAGGACGUGGACAUGUUGGCUGGCAGCCGCACAGAGGCCGCAGAAGCGUUGUUUUUGUUAGAGAAGGGCCAGCACCAGACCAUUCUCUGCGUGUUGCACUGCAUUGUGAACCUGCAGCCCAUCCCUGCGGAUGUGGAGGAGGCCAUCCUUGCCCGCGCCAUUAAAGCCUUCACCAAGGUUAAUUUUGACUCUGAAAAUGGACCAAUAGUUUACGACACCCUAAAGAAAAUAUUUAAGCACACACUGGAGGAGAAAGGGAAAAUGACAAAAGAUGGCCCUCAGCCGGACGUUUAGUGACGCCUCCCCACGGCGGACACUCCAGACCCGGAGACCCAGGCGGCGUUCGUGCGUACAGAUGAACAGGAAGGGGGGUGUGGAGCCGUUUCGGGUCCCAGCACUUUAUCUCAGACACUCUUGGUUUGUGCAAAGAACACUCAUUUCUGUUGUGAGCGAUUAUUUAUUUUAAAAUACCCUUGAGCUACAUUUUUGUGUUGAAAAAUUGCCAUAAUGUUGGUGCCACUUUCUUGUAUUUAUUUAACUGAAUUAAUAUUGUGUUAAUAUGUUAAGUACACGGUGUUUACAUCUUUAUUCUUUUUGACAUUUUGGAAAAAGUUGUAAUUCUUCUUUCCAAAACAGUUAUUUUAUUGAUGGAGCUCUUGCUGGAGUUUUUGCCAAGUAGGUAAUUUUAGCAGUAAAACUUCACUGUGGAUCCGUGAGCCUGAUCCAUGACCUGAGGAAGUCACAAAGUGUCUUCAACUAUUUUGUAUUUGUUAAUAAGAAGGCGAUUGAUAACAUUUUUAAAGGAUUUUUUUAAUUUGGAAAUUUUUUGUUUUUUCUUUUUAUAAAUGUGUCAAAGGAUUUCAAAGUAUAUUAUUUUUUGGAGUGAUUUAGUUUUGUGUUAAGGGUGGUCGUGAGGUGGUUGGGAUUUUUUUUACUGUAGGAAGUAGACUCGGGCCUCCAGAUGGCCUUGCUGAUCUCUCCACACAUCCAGCCUUACUCUCUCCAAACAGCGUCUUCGCAGGAAGUGGUCAGGCAGACCCUGUGCUGACAGUGUGAGGUGUGAGGGCCGCACAGAUCAGGCAUCAGGCCCAGGCAGGCACUGUGCUGACGGUGUGGGGGCCACGCAGCCCGUACCUCCCACCUCCGUCCUUCUGCAGACCCCGCUGCCCUAGGGCCCUGUCUUCUGCCACUUUUCACUAGGAAAAUUAAGAUUCUUAAACUGAAAUGUGAGCACGUAGCCUGCAUUCACCAUAUGGGCUUUAGUUAAGAAGUAAGUAAACUAUUUGUUGCCUGACUAGUAACUGCCUAACGGGUUCUUUGUGGACCGAGCUGUCAUUCAGCAGUUGAGGCUGUAACAAAUGUGUGCGGUUAUCAGAGGCCAGGCCACACAGGGUGAUCGUUUUUCCCAACAGAUGUGAUACUAAUCAAACCAGUUUCACACUAAAGCUGUCACGUAAUUUUAGAGACAGAAACUUGGGGGAAGCGAGACUAACCUUGGAUGAGAUUCUCCAACUCCUGCAUCUCUGAAGCCGGCACUGGCACAUCAGAAACGUUUUAGUCAUUAUGGGUCUUACUGACUCUGGCGGCAGAUGCUGAAUGCCGUUUCCUCCUACACUGUUUGAAUUUUCUUGGGAAACCAGAUCCAGUGAAUUUUAAUGAACUGGGUUGCCUGUUGCUGAGAUUUCUCAUUUUUAAGUGCCUGAUCUGGGAAAGGGGAGAAAAGAUAACAUUUUAUCCAAAGGUACAUUAUAAAAAUAUGUUUUUUACCCAAAAAGAUGUUUACCCACAUGUCUGUCAGUGUCACAUGGACAAGGGCCAGCAGGGUUCAUUCGACAAGUGGUUAUUGGCCUGUGUCUGCGAUGGUCAGGUUAGAGGACGGAUCCCGCGCAGCCACAAUGUGACCACAGCCUCACGCCAGCCUGAGGAGGCUGGUGGGACAGGUAAACCAGGCUGUCUCCAGGUUUUGUAUUUAUUCGAAUAAAAGUGCAAACAACAAACCAUAA